AGCGCAGAGUGAGUCCCCCUCCAUCAGCUGGGCAGCAGGAUUUUUGUGUCUUGGCAGCUUAACGCCUCUCCCAGGGAAAGGGCUCCUUUCUCUUCUCCUCCUCCUCUUGCCCUGUCUGACCAGGGAGAGGGUGGCUUCGGCGGAGGAGGAGGAGGCGGAGAAGGGAUGACCGCCUGCCUGCCUGCCUCCUCUGCGGCGGAGGGGCAGGAGCCUCCCUGGGCCGCCCCUGGCCACGAGCUGAAGAGCAGCCUUUUUGGAAAUAAUUGAAACAGGCAGGCAGACCACCGCCAGCAUGGCCCAGACCAAGAGGCACACCUUCAGCCGGGCACCCAGCGCCAACGCCAGGAUGACUUCUGUGGAAGCGAGUGGCAAGCCCCUGAAAGUGGGCUCCCGAGUGGAAGUCAUCGGGAAGGGGUACCGCGGGACUGUGGCUUACGUGGGCGCGACACUCUUUGCCACCGGGAAGUGGGUUGGCGUCAUCCUGGAUGAAGCGAAGGGCAAGAAUGACGGCACAGUCCAGGGCAGGAAGUACUUCACCUGUGAGGAGAACCACGGCAUCUUUGUGCGACAGUCACAGAUCCAAGUUUUUGAUGAUGGCGCAGACACAACAUCCCCGGAAACGCCUGAGUCUUCCACUUCAAAGGUGCCCAAGAGAGAUUCAUCAGAAGGUCCCAAAGCCAGCAAACUGCGUGGAGUGAAACCUAAAAAGGCCGCAACCACACGGAAGACCACCACCAGGAGGCCCAAGCCCACCCGGAGCGCCAGUUCCGCAGCAUCCAGUGGCACUGCGGGGCUCUCCGGCUCUGCCUCCGCGUCGGCUGGCGAGAUGAGCAGCAGCGAGCCAGGCACCCCGGCACAGACCCCGCUGGCCGCCCCCGUGGUCCCUUCUCCCGCUCUGGCCUCUCCGGUGGCUCCUCUGCCCAUCCUGUCACCCACCAAGGAGGAGGAGAACUUACGGGGACAGGUGCGAGACCUGGAGGAGAAGCUGGAGACCCUCAAGAUGAAGCGGAACGAAGACAAGGCCAAGCUGAAGGAGCUGGAGAAGUACAAGAUCCAGUUGGAGCAGGUCCAGGAGUGGAAGAGCAAAAUGCAGGAGCAGCAGGCAGAGCUCCAGAAGCGCCUGAAGGAGGCCAAGAAGGAAGCCAAGGAGGCCAUGGAGGCCAAAGAACGCUACAUGGAGGAGAUGGCCGACACAGCUGACGCCAUUGAGAUGGCCACUCUGGACAAGGAGAUGGCAGAGGAGCGGGCUGAGUCCUUGCAGCAGGAGGUAGAUUCUCUGAAGGAGAAGGUGGAAUAUCUCACUAUGGACCUGGAGAUCCUGAAGCACGAGAUAGAGGAGAAAGGUGAGGCAGGCUCAGAUGGUGCUGCCUCCAGUUACCAUGUCAAGCAGCUAGAAGAGCAGAAUGCCCGGUUGAAGGAGGCCCUUGUGAGGAUGCGGGACUUGUCUGCCUCAGAGAAGCAGGAGCACGUCAAGCUCCAGAAGCACAUGGAGAAGAAGAACACGGAGUUGGAGGCCCUGCGCCAGCAAAAGGAGAAGCUGCAGGAGGAGCUCAAGCAGGCCGAGCGGACCAUCGAUGAGCUGAAGGAGCAGGUGGAUGCUGCUCUGGGGGCUGAGGAGAUGGUGGAGACACUGACAGAGAGAAACCUGGAUCUGGAGGAGAAGGUCCGAGAGCUCCGCGAGACCGUUGGGGACCUGGAAGCCAUGAAUGAGAUGAAUGAUGAGCUACAGGAAAAUGCCCGGGAGACAGAACUGGAGCUGCGGGAGCAACUGGACAUGGCGACAGCCCGGGUCCGUGAGGCAGAGAAGCGGGUAGAGGCUGCCCAAGAGACAGUGGCUGACUACCAGCAAACCAUCAAGAAAUAUCGUGAGCUGACCGCACACUUGCAGGAUGUCAACCGAGAGCUGAUGAGCCAACAAGAGGCCUCAGUGGAGAGACAGCAACAGCCUCCCCCUGAAAUGUUUGACUUCAAGAUCAAGUUUGCCGAGACAAAAGCUCACGCCAAGGCCAUUGAGAUGGAGCUGCGCCAGAUGGAAGUCCAGCAGGCCAAUCGGCAUGUCUCUCUCCUCACUUCAUUCAUGCCCGACAGCUUCUUGCGCCAUGGUGGAGACCAUGACUGCCUCCUGGUGCUCCUCCUCAUCCCACGGCUAAUUUGCAAGGCUGAGCUGAUCAGCAAACAGGCCCAGGAGAAGUUUGAGCUGAACGAGAACUGUGCAGAGCGCACCGGCCUCCGAGGGGCGCCAGGAGAGCAGCUGAGUUUUGCUGCUGGGCUGGUGUAUUCCCUCAGCCUCCUGCAAGCGACGCUGCACAAAUAUGAGCAGGCCUUGAACAAAUGCAGCGUGGACGUCUACAAGAAAGUGGGGAUGCUUUACCCCGAGAUGAGUGUCCAUGAGAGGUCCCUGGACUUCCUGAUUGAACUCCUGCACAAGGAUCAGCUGGAUGAAACCGUGAACGUGGAGCCCUUGACCAAAGCUAUCAAGUACUAUCAGCACCUGUACAGCAUUCACCUGGCGGACCAAGCUGAGGAUUGCACUAUGCAGCUGGCUGACCAUAUCAAGUUCACCCAGAGUGCCUUGGACUGCAUGAGUGUGGAAGUGGGCAGGCUGCGGUCCUUCCUGCAGACUGGGCAGGAAGCAUCUGACUUGGCCAUCCUCCUGAAGGACCUGGAGACCUCGUGCAGCGACAUCCGGCAGUUCUGCAAGAAGAUCAGACGCCGCAUGCCGGGCACUGAUGCCCCUGGCAUUCCUGCGGCACUUGGCUUUGGGCAGCAGGUCUCAGACACCCUGCUGGACUGUCGCAAGCACCUGACCUGGGUGGUGGCUGUGCUGCAGGAGGUGGCAGCUGCCGGGGCGCAGAUGAUUGCCCCCCUGACGGAGAAUGAGGGGCUUCAGGCAGUAAAACUGGAAGACCUGGCUUUCAAGGCCAGUGAGCAGAUCUAUGGUGUGCAAGGUAUCAACCCGUAUGAGUGUCUGCGGCAGUCAUGUAACAUCCUCAUUGCCACUAUGAACAAGAUGGCCACCGCCAUGCAAGAGGGCGAAUACGACGCUGACAAGCCCCAGACCAGGCCCUCUCCUCCAGUGGAUCUGCGAGCAGCCGCCUUGCGGGCAGAGAUCACAGAUGCAGAGGGCCUGGGGCUCAAGCUGGAAGACCGGGAGACAGUUAUCAAAGAGCUCAAGAAGUCCCUCAAAAUCAAGGGAGAGGAGCUGAGUGAAGCCAAUGUGCGGCUGAGCCUCCUGGAAAAGAAGCUGGACAAUGCCUCUAAAGAUGCGGAUGACCGGGUGGAGAAGAUUCAGACCAAGCUGGAUGAGACCCAGGCUCUGCUGAAGAAGAAAGAGAAGGAGUUUGAGGAGACCAUGGACGCCCUGCAAGCGGACAUUGAUCAGCUGGAGUCGGAGAAGGUGGAGCUGAAGCAGCGGCUCAGCAACCAAUCGAAGCGCACCAUUGAGGGCCUGCGCGGGACCCCUCCCUCCGGCAUCGCCUCCGUCAUCUCUGGCAUCACAGGAGGUGUGGGGGCCAGUCAGGUGAUGACAGGCGGCUCCGGUCCUGUGCAGGUGAAGGACUCACCUCUCCUCCUCCAGCAGAUUGAUGCCAUGCAGCUCUCCAUCAAGCACCUCAAAAAUGAGAACAACCGGCUCAAGGGAGCGCAGAUGAGGAGAGAGCUGGCGUCACUGACCCCGCUGCAUGUGCCCAAGCUCUCCCUCCCCAAGGACAGGCAAGGGGAAGAGGUGGUCUCCAGCUCUCUCUACCGCAAGACCAGCCAGCUUCUUGAGACCCUCUACCAGAUGAGCGCCAACGCCAAGGUGGUGGACAUCACACGCCAGAGGACGGCGGCCAGCCCAGCUGCCCAGCUCCUGGAGCAAACAGCCCGCCUGAAAUCCCUGAGUGAAAGCAUUGAUAAACUGAAGGAUGAAGUCAUGAAGGAGACGGUCCUCCAGCACCCAGGAGCCAGUGUCCCCACUGAUUUUGGCACUUUCCCAUCAGCCCCCUUCCUGAAGGCCAAAGAGGAGCAGAAGGAGGACACGGUCUACAUUGGCAAAGUGACCUUCCCCUGCCAGCCAGGCCACGGCCAGAUCCACAGACUGGUCCUCACCCCAGAGCAGCUGCAGAAGCUCCACACUCGCCUCAUCUCCUAAGAGGGCUCUUUCCCCAAUCCCAUCCCAUCCUUCCCCUCCUGCUGUUGCCUCUCCUGUUACAGACUGACGUUGAGUGCUGCAAACCUCUCCUUGUGCUACUGACUGCCUGAAGCUGCGUGUGUGUUUUCUGUGUGUGUGCAGAGGGCCCUGCAUACCUGCGGGCAAGAUGACCACUCUGCCCACCCAGGGGCAGUCUGCUCUCCUGCUGAGGGGCACUGGCUGGCUGCCCCUUGGUCUGAAGAGCCCAGGCUCUCCUCCCAUUUCCUGCACUGGGCUACUCCCCCUGUUGCCUGGCACCUUUGGGGCUUGCUGUGGAGCACAUGCAAGGCCUGCUGGAUUGGGAGGGUUUGGGGGCAGCCCCUCAAUGCCUGUCCAUUUCACCUGGUCUCUCCACUGUUGAGGGAUGUUCUUUUGGCCUCAGUGGGAUGCUGGACAAGUUCCAGUGCAAGUGCCCCUGCCCUCCACAAACACUACACACCUCCUCCUGCAGCCCUGCCUCUCUCCCUUCUUUCUUGGGAUGGGGUUUUCUCUUUUAUGGGAGGGGAGCAGUUCUGCAGGCUGGGGACCCACAAGCACUUUUAGGCAGAAAUCCUCUCGCAUGUUGACUUUUGUUGGAGCUCAUGAGACAAAUAAACCAUCUUAAACCAG